AUGGGCAACGCAGAAAGCAGAGAAGCGGCAUUGACAUCUGUGGCUACUAACGCGUUCAAGGCAAUUGUCGCCAUCGAGAAAGCCAGACUAAGGGCGAAAGCUAGAUUUCAGAAGGAGGAUGCGGACACGGACGACGAAGAGACAGCGUCGCUUCUGGGCGACGAACAAGAGCCCGAGAUCACACCCUACCAGCAGAUGGAUGAAGAGGCCGACGUAGCAUCUUCACUCGCGAGCAGCUCCAGCUCCAGCUCCAGCUCAUCGCGUUCGAGCACACCUGAUCAACGGUCUCAAGACUCCAUCAGAAAUCCGUACACUGCCAGGAUCCCCGGCAACAUUGCCAAUUCAUCACGCAAUAGCUAUGCUGAGGAUCACUUCAUGAGGGCCUUUCAAGCAUGGAUUACAAAGAGUGCGGAAGCGUUCGACGACGCCAUUGCAGCUCUGCGGAAGAUGAACUUCGUCGAGGUCGCAAAAGCAGCCGGGGCAUGGGUCAAAGAGCAUCCGUGGGAGACCGCCGCGAUUGUCAUUCCACUUAUUCUGCUUGCCUGUACUCCGGCCUUCCUCACGGCGGCUGGUUUCACGGCUGGUGGAAUCGCUGCAGGCAGUAUCGCUGCAGGAAUACAAGCUGGUAUCGGAAGUGUCGCUGCUGGCUCGACCUUCGCAAUCCUAACCAGCGCAGGCAUGGCCGGAUUUGGCGUACCCAUCGUUCUUGGAGGCGUUUGGUUGACUUCAAGUGCGAUUUGUUGGGGGGCUGUCAGUAUCUGGAAGAAGUUUGUAGGACGUGGAGAUGGACCUGCCGAUGACGAUGAAGACGACGACGGCGCUGCCGCAGCGCCUAUGAUACUGGCCUAG